ACGACGAAGGUGUUGGACCGCUAUUUCUGAAAUUCAAGUGUAUAAUUAUUGGAUAAGUUACGCUGCUUAGUUUAAAUUAAAAAUCAUGCGGCUGAGCGCAUUCCUGUUCACCAAAGUCGGAGACUUGACUAUAAAAUACUCAAACUUACCGGAGAAAUACAUCAAGGACACAAUCGAAAAGGUUUACUAUCGAACGCCGCGUGAAGUACAGUAUUUGAAUCGUACGAUAAAGCGUAAGAACUUUCGCUUUACGACAAAUCGCCCGUGGUCUGGCCUAGCUGAACUUGAGAAUUCGCCACACAAAUACAGAAAGAAGGUAUUCGUUGAACCUUUGAAAGAGUGGAAUUUCUUCAGAGGUGACCGGGUCCAAUUAUUAGUUGGGAAGGAUAAAGGAAAGCAAGGAAUAGUCACACAAGUGAUACAGGAGCGAAACUGGGUUAUCGUCGAAGGGCUUAAUACACAUUUGAAACGACUCGGAAAGGAGAAGGACUUCCCAGGAACAAUCGUACAGAGCGAAGCCCCUCUUUUAGUUACAACAGACGUAGGUCUGGUCGACCCUAGUGAUCUAGAGGUUUGCGAUGUGGAAUGGCGGUAUAGGCCAGAUGGCCAAAGAGUUCGGGUAUCAUGUCGAACUGGACGCAUUAUCCCAAUUCCACACAAGAGCGAAGAAACUGUGGAUUACAAGAGACCGAAUAUGUACAAAGCAAAGUCGAAAGAUACACCAGCGAGCACUGUUAAAGAAGUUACUUUUUUGCCCGAACUCAAGACCUUCGAAAUGGACGUGAUGGAUAAAAUGGGUAUCAAAGAAGAUCGCACGCGAAAGCCCGUCUUCUGGUAUUAAAUAAUAUUUUUAUCGUCAACUUGUAAAAUAUAUCUAGUGAUUGAGAAAGAAAAAAACUUGUGAACAAUUACAUAUAAUAUAAAAUCUGUGUACGAUGUUGACUGUAAGAUAUAAAAUUUAGUUAUUUCAUGCACAAA